AUCGCAUCAACUAUGAGUCAAGCUGAUAAGAUUCCUGGAUUAGCCAGUGAUGCUGUUCUUAAACAGUCUGCACCAGUUCCUGACUCGUUUGUUGAAGUCAAAGGAAUUGACUACUCAAAAGACUCUGCCUACAACAUGACGGCCAUCGACUUGAUUGCAUCUAUGAAGACAAUGGGAUUUCAAGGUUCUUCCGUAGGAGACGCUUGUGAUAUCAUUAAUAAAAUGAGAUCUUGGAGAGGUAAACAUAAAAGUGAGUUGGAAGAACAUGAUAUAAAAGGAGAAUUUGAUGACGAAGGAUACCAGAAAUCUACGAUUUUCAUGGGUUACACCUCCAAUUUAAUUAGUAGUGGAUUGAGAGACACUUUGAGAUUUUUGGUCCAGCACAAGAUGGUAAGUGCAAUUGUUUCCACGGCCGGGGGAAUUGAAGAAGAUAUCAUCAAAUGUUUAGCGCCUACCUUUAUGGGUGAGUUCAGCCUUCCAGGUAAAGGCUUAAGAGAUCAAGGUAUGAACAGAAUCGGAAACUUGCUUGUUCCAAAUGACAACUACUGUAAAUUUGAAGAAUGGAUGGUCCCUAUUUUGGACAAGAUGUUGGAAGAACAACAAGAAGAGUUGGAAAAGAACGGUGCCGAUGCCUUUGACAACACGGCUGGGGUUUGGACACCUUCUAAGUUCAUUGAUCGGUUAGGACAAGAAAUUAACGAUGAGACUUCUGUUUUAUACUGGGCUCACAAAAACCAAAUUCCUAUCUUUUGUCCAGCUUUGACCGAUGGAUCGAUUGGAGAUAUGUUGUUUUUCCACACCUUUAAGGCUUCCCCAAGACAACUUCGGUUGGAUAUUGUAGCGGAUAUUAGACGUAUUAAUUCUAUGUCAAUGGAAGCCAAUAAUGCUGGAAUGAUCAUACUUGGAGGAGGUUUAAUCAAGCACCAUAUAUGUAAUGCCUGUCUCAUGAGAAAUGGUGCUGAUUUUGCUGUAUUUAUCAAUACUGGCCAGGAAUUUGACGGGUCUGAUGCGGGUGCUCGACCUGAUGAAGCCAUUUCAUGGGGGAAAAUUAAGGCCGACGCCAAACAAGUCAAAGUAUAUGCUGAUGUCACGGUAGUAUUCCCAUUGAUUGUGGCUGCCACUUUUGCAGCCCAAAAACCAUAAAUAUGUAAGUAUCAUUCCCAAUAUAGAAGUGUAAUAAGUG